AUAAUAUCUUGGUUAUUACAAAAAACCUGACUCAAUGACAGACAUGCUUUAGUUACCUUUACAUUAUUAUAUCAUAUUCAUGAACCUGUCUUUUUUUUGUUCUUGUGUUUGUGUCUGACACAAAAGAGCUUUUGUAAAUAAGUGAUUCUGUCAAGAAAAAAAGUGAAAAGAAUUUCUUUCUUAUUUUGAAAAUAAAACAUUUGAGAGUUGUUAUCAUUUGCCAUUUCAACAUCUACCCUUAGAAAAAUCCUAAUGGAAAUUUCAAGAGGGGAAGGUUUUCUAUGUUUUGUGACAUUGUUCUUGUUUUUGUGUUCUACUAAUGCUUUGCUUUCUCCUAAAGGAAUUAACUUUGAAGUUCAAGCUUUGAUGAGUAUAAAAGCUUCAUUAAUGGAUCCUCAUGGAAUUCUAGAGAAUUGGGAUGGUGAUGCUGUUGAUCCAUGUAGUUGGAAUAUGGUUACUUGUUCUACUGAGAAUCUUGUUAUUAGUUUGGGAAUUCCUAGUCAGAAUUUAUCUGGUACAUUAUCACCAAGCAUUGGAAAGUUAACAAAUCUUCAAACUAUUAUGUUACAGAAUAACAACAUAACUGGACCAAUCAGUUCAGAGCUAGGAAAACUUUCCAUGCUUCAAACACUUGAUCUCUCUGAUAACUUCUUCAAUGGAAAAAUUCCUACUUCUCUUGGUCAUUUGAGAAAGCUUCAAUACUUGAGGCUUAAUAAUAACAGUUUUUCUGGUGAAUGUCCCGAGUCGUUGGUGAACAUGGCGCAACUUACUUUUCUUGAUUUGUCAUUCAACAAUCUUAGCGGCAGUGUGCCUAGAAUCUUGGCCAAAUCAUUCAGUAUUGUUGGAAACCCUCUGGUCUGCGCGACAGCAAAAGAAACAAACUGCCAUGGGAUGAAACUCAUGCCUAUGUCAAUGAACUUAAACAAUACUAACGAUGCAUUACCAUCAAGAAGAACAAAAGCUCACAAAAGGGUCAUUGCGUUUGGUUUAAGUCUUGGAUGCCUUUGCUUAUUAGUCCUUGGUUUCGGAUUUUUACUAUGGAGGAGACACAAACAUAAUCAACAAACAUUCUUUGAUGUUAAAGACCGACAUCACGAAGAAGUCUACCUAGGAAACUUGAAGAGGUUCCAAUUAAGAGAACUCCAAAUUGCUACUCACAACUUCAGCAACAAAAACAUAUUAGGAAAAGGCGGUUUCGGCAUUGUCUACAAAGGAAUUCUUUCAGACGGUACGCUUGUCGCUGUAAAGAGGCUUAAAGACGGAAACGCCAAGGGAGGAGAGAUACAAUUUCAGACCGAAGUUGAAAUGAUCAGCUUAGCAGUUCAUCGAAACCUUCUCAAACUCUACGGAUUUUGUAUGACUUCAUCAGAAAGGCUUUUAGUUUACCCCUACAUGUCAAAUGGUAGCGUCGCUUCUCGUCUCAAAGCUAAGCCGGUGUUGGAUUGGGGCACAAGGAAGCAAAUUGCAUUAGGAGCGGGAAGAGGACUAUUAUACCUACAUGAGCAAUGUGAUCCAAAGAUAAUCCAUAGAGAUGUGAAAGCUGCAAAUAUACUACUUGAUGAUUAUUGUGAGGCAGUAGUUGGAGAUUUUGGUUUGGCAAAGCUUUUAGACCACAAAGAUUCACAUGUCACAACUGCGGUUAGGGGCACAGUAGGACAUAUUGCACCUGAGUAUCUUUCCACAGGACAGUCUUCUGAAAAGACUGAUGUUUUUGGAUUUGGCAUUUUGCUUCUUGAAUUGAUUACUGGUUUGAGGGCCCUUGAAUUUGGAAAGGCUGCCAACCAAAAAGGAGCCAUGCUGGACUGGGUAAAGAAAAUUCAUCAAGAGAAGAAGCUGGAUUUGCUUGUAGACAAAGAUCUCAAGAACAACUAUGACAAGAUUGAGCUUGAGGAAAUAGUUCAAGUUGCACUUUUGUGUACACAAUAUCUUCCGAGUCACAGACCGAAAAUGUCCGAAGUCAUACGCAUGCUCGAAGGCGACGGUCUAGCCGAGAAAUGGGAAGCUUCUCAAAGAGCUGACAACACUAACAAGUGCAAACCACAUGAAUUAUCUUUGUCAGAUCGAUUUUCCGAUCUUACCAAUGACUCUUCUUUGUUAAUCCAAGCCAUGGAGCUUUCUGGUCCAAGGUGAAAUUUUCCUAGAUUAUUUUUUAGUGUAAUAUAUAAUUUUCUUAUUAUUCUGUUUUCUAAGUAGUUUUCUAGAGAAAGCAUAUGAAAUUGAAGAACAUAUGAUAGUUUUGAAUCCAUUUGUAUGAUAUAAGUGUUCCAAAGCUGGAAAAAGCUGCUUGUUUUUUUGUUGUUGCAAAUGUACAUAUACUUAUUUGUUGAACUUUGAAUUUGUAAUGCAAAUAGUUGUAAUAUUGAGAGUAAAUGAAAUCCAUACCUAGGUUUUUUUA